AUGGCAGGCCCCGUGAGCAUCGUCAGUGGACUCUUGCUCCUGGUCUUGUGCACCCACCACCUCAUCCCCACAGGUUCUAUAGUCAUCCCUUCCUCCUGCUGCAUGUCCUUUAUUUCCAAGAAAAUUCCCAAGAACCUGGUGGUCAGCUACCAACUGUCCAGUGGGAGCGUCUGCCCCAAGGCAGGAGUGAUUUUCACCACCAAGAAGGGCGUGAAGGUCUGUGGAGACCCUAAACAGCAGUGGGUCCAAACAUACAUGAAGAACUUGGAUGCCAAGCAGAAGAAAGCUUCCACGGGGGCUAGGGAAGUGGGUGCCAAGGUCCGGAGACACCCUGGCAACAACAUCACCAUCUAA